CUAACUAUGUAUGUAUGUGGCCAGCUAGCUGAUUAUGGAAGUGUCAUCAUGUGGAACGUGCAGAACCCACUUAUGUCAUCGGGGGCCAUUCGAGGCUCGAGUCCGUUAGACAUACGACCAAUAUCGGACUCAAGCCAGCCCGAGGGCCGGGCCAGAACAUCCGAGGUGGAACAGGGCUGAACCACGAUCCGGGCCACCCGCACUAUGAAUCUCAUGCCGACUGGGCGACGUCUGUGGCAGGCCGUGGCUCGGGGCCGAACCCGGCUCAUGGGUCCGGAACAUGGAGGCCCUAGAGCUCGGGCUCCUGGGAUCCGACGACGUCGGACCCGCUGGAUUUGGGUACCGGUGGGUGGGGCCUUAGUGGUGGGAGGCAGUAUGAACUUUGCCACGCCCACUCAAGUCGGACCUAUUUACAAAUUUGAAGAGAACCCGCAUGAAGAUAUUGACGAGCUCCCCUUAACCUACGACGUCACACGCAUUCAACGCUAUUGGGAUCAACGCCCGCUCGAAGUGGUGGCCCGAACCGCCCAGAUCAUGCGGGCCUUUGUGCCGUUCCUCAGCCAGGUCUUCCUCUGGGAGUACCUGAUUCGCGGCAAGAUCCGCCAUCAUGCGGGUCUACAAAAGAAAUACGCCAUUCGCUUGCGACAGAUUCUCACCGAUCUGGGCCCUUGCUUCAUCAAGCUCGGUCAGGCCCUGUCCAUUCGGCCCGAUUUAUUGCCCAGUAGUGUGCUCUUCGAGCUGCAAAAGCUCUGUGAUGCGGUGCCUUCCUUCCCGACCGAGGAUGCCAUUCAAAUGAUCCAAGUGGAACUCCAGCAGAGCGUCGAUGACCUCUUCCACGAUUUGACCCCUUCGACUCAACCCGUGGCGGCCGCUAGCUUGGGUCAGGUUUACCAACUCACCCUCAAAGAUGAACAUCGAUCGCGGGUGGCCGUCAAGGUUCAAAGACCGGACAUGUUGGCUUCCGUGCUCAAGGACUUGUACAUCAUGCGCAAGCUAGCUCAAACCAUCCAAGGCAUCAAGAGCGUGCUCACGCAUCAAAGGCCCUACGAUGUGGCCUUGUUGGACGCCUUCGCUUCCGCCAGUCUCAUGGAAUUGGAUUAUGUGAGCGAAGCCGGGAAUCAGGAACGCUUCAUCCGGGAGUUGGAGCCCAAAAUGAGGGGCCAGAUCUACAUCCCCCGGGUGUUUCCGGAUCUCACCACGCGCAAAGUGCUCGUUACCGAAUGGAUCGAAGGGCGCCAAUUGGCCAAGAGCUCCCCGGAGGUCAUCAAUCGACUCACUCCCGUGGGAGUCCAAUGUUUCCUGAUCCAACUCCUUGAAACGGGCUUCUUUCACGCGGAUCCUCAUCCUGGUAAUCUCUUGGUCACGCGUGAUGGUCGCUUGGCUCUGAUUGAUUUUGGAUUAUGCGCCGAGGUGCCCCUGCCCGAUACCCAAGUGAUGACCGUCACCAUUGUUCAUUUGAUGCAAGGGGAUGUGGGGGGGCUUAUCCAGGACGCCAUAGCCCUUCAAUUUCUACCCGCUGAUGUGAAUGUGGGCAAACUUCAGCCUGAGCUGCAGAAGGUGUUUGAUAGUGCCCAGUUGGCCAUGGAGGCCGAAUUCCGUCAGGAACAGCUAGCCCAAACGCAAUAUAAAGCGGUGGUGACACGUCGUAAGCGAUUCAUGGCCGUGAGUUAUGAUUUGAAUAAGAUUUUUUUUGAAUAUCCCUUCCUGGUCCCAGAUUACUUUGCUCUAAUCACACGGGCCAUGAUCGUACUGGAAGGAAUAGCAGUAACCGGUGAUCCUGGUUUUGACUUGUUCAAUAGUGCCUAUCCUUAUGCCCUCAAACGUGCUGUGAGUUUAUUCGGCGUGUCGAAUAUGUCACAAAUUGCCCAAGAAGCCAUCACUCAUAUGAGAAAGAAAGCUCUACUCUCAAAUUGAUUUUACCUGAAAUAAAUUUAUUUACGAAUAAACACAGGCUAACAUGAUGAACUAA